GGCAGUGGUCCCUUUGCCACUCUGCAGCCACCCAUUCCCCGCAGUGGAUGUACCCGAGCCAUAAUUAGGGGAGCAGUGCGCAGGCGCGGUACCGGAUGGCGUACAGAGCAUGCGCGGAGCCGUUAAUGGCGGUCGACGGAUGUGUUUUGUCUUCGGUCCCGAAAACGUUUAACAGGACUUCAGAAAGGGAAGAUUUGCUGAUGGGAUACUCAAACUGAACAUCGCCCCCAAGUUUGUGCAGAAUCGCCCACAUUAUCUCGACAUGAGUACCGCUAGACUUUGAGCAUGGAAGGAAACAACAGCGUUCACAUUGGGGAGAAGCCGUACACAUGUUCUGUAUGUGGACGAGGCUUCAGCCGGGUGUCUGGUCUCUCGAAACAUAAAUGCAGUCAGGACGGGGAGAAACCGUGGAAGUGUGGUGACUGUGGGAAAGGAUUUCAAUAUCCCGGCCAACUGGAAAUCCAUCGGCGCAGUCACACCGGGGAGCGGCCGUUCACCUGCUCCGAUUGCGGGAAGGAAUUCGCUCGGUUAUCCACCUUGCUGACGCACCGGCGAGUUCACACCGACAAGCGACCCUUUAAAUGUCCAGACUGCGGGAAGUGCCACAAAAGCUCCGGGGAACUGAUGUCCCAUCAGCUUGUUCACACCGACGAGAGACCGUUCCGGUGCUCUCACUGUGGGACUGGCUUCAAGCGAUCGUCUCAACUCAUUGUGCACGAGCGCAUUCACACCGGAGAGAGGCCCUUCACCUGCUCCGUGUGCGGGAAAGGAUUCACUCAGUCCACCCACCUGCUGAAGCACCAGCGCAUUCACACCGGGGAGCGGCCGUUCACCUGCUCCGUGUGUGGGAAAGGAUUCACUCGGUCCUCCAACCUCCUGACGCACCAGCGAGUUCACACCGGGGAGCGGCCUUUCAACUGCCCGGACUGCGGGAAGUGCUUUAAAAGUUCCAGUGAACUGAUGCGCCAUCAACGGGUUCACACCGACGAGAGACCGUUCAGGUGCUCUCACUGCGGGACUGGCUUCACACGAUCAUCUGACCUCACUGUACACCAGCGAAUUCACACCGGGGAGAGGCCGUUCACCUGCUCCGAGUGCGGGAAGGGAUUCACUAAGUUAUCCAAUUUACUGGCACACCAGCGGGUUCACAACCCUGAAUAUCACUGUAGUUUGACCAUGGAAGGAAAAAGCACCGUUCCCGGUGGGGAGAAACCAUGGAAGUGUGGAGACUGUGGGAUGGGGUUCAGUUAUCCAUCUGUGCUCGAAAGGCAUCAGCGCAGUCACACCGGGGAGAGGCCGUUUACCUGCUCCGACUGCGGGAAGGGAUUUGCUCGGUCCUCUACCCUGAUGAGACACCAGCGGGUUCACACCGGGGAGAGGCUAUUCACCUGCUCCGACUGUGGGAAGGGAUUCACUCAGUUGUACCACCUGCUGACACACCAGCGAGUUCACACUGGGGAGAGGCCAUUCAGCUGCUCUGAGUGUGGGAAGGGCUUCACUCAGUUAUCCCAUUUGCUGCUACACCAGCGGGUCCAUACUGGGGAGAGACCUUUUAAAUGCCCCGACUGCGGGAAGUCGUUCAAAAGUUCCAGGGACCUGAUGCGUCAUCAACAUGUUCACACGGACGAGAGACCUUUUAAGUGCCCAGACUGUGGGAAGUGCUACAAAGGUUCCACAGAACUGAUAUGCCAUCAACGUUUUCACACUGAUGAGAGACCAUUCAGGUGCUCUCACUGUGGGUCUGGGUUCAGGACAUCGUCACAGCUGACUGUACACCAGCGGGUCCACACCGGAGAAAGACCGUUCAUCUGCUCCGUCUGUGGGAAGCGAUUCACUCAGUCGUCCAACCUGCUGAAACACCAGCGUGUUCACACCGGCGAGCGGCCUUUCACCUGCUUGGUGUGCGGAAAGGGCUUCAGUCAGUCGACCACCCUGCUGACACAUCAGCGGGUUCACACCGGGGAGAGGCCGUUCACUUGCUCCAAAUGUGGGAAGGGAUUCGCUGAUUCAUCCACUCUGCGGGCACACCAGAGAGUUCACACCGGGGAGAGGCCCUUCACCUGCUCUCAGUGUGGGAAGGGAUUCACUCAGUUAUUCCACCUGCGGAGACACCAGCGGGUGCACACUGGGGAGAGACCAUUUACUUGUUCUGAGUGUGGGAAAGGAUUCACUCAGUCAUCCCACCUGCUGAAACACCAGCGUGUUCACGAGGAGCUACAGACAGUGGCACUGGCGCAGGACCGCCCCUUGGGGGCACUGUGCGGAGCAUGCGCAGAGUCAGCGAUGGGGGAGAGGCACGUCUGCGGCCGGGUGAGGGCGCGGCAGCCAUCAAACCUGGAGACACAUAAGGACACCAGUACCACGGAGAAACCAUGGAAAUGUGGGUUUUGCGACAAGAGGUUCAAAUUCCCGUCCAAGCUUGAGAUUCAUCGACGCAGUCACACUGGGGAAAGGCCAUUCCCUUGCUCUGUUUGUGGGAAGGAAUUUAUGAAUGAAUCUCACCUUAUUGCCCACCAAGUAGUUCACACUGAAACACGACCCUUCAAAUGUUCCGAUUGUGAGAAGAGCUUUAAAAAUGCAGGGGGUCUGUUGGCUCACCAGCGAUUUCACACUGAAGAGAGGCCCUUCAGCUGCAGUUACUGUGGGAAGGGAUUCACCCGGUCAUCCAGGCUUACCGAGCACCAGCGGGUUCACACUGGGGAGAGACCGUUCACCUGCUCCAAGUGUGGGAAGGGGUUCACUUGUUUGACCAGCCUCAAUUCGCACCUGUUUGUUCACACUGAUCAGAAACCAUUUCGGUGUUCUUGCUGUGAGAAAUGCUUUAAAAGUACAGGUGAUCUGCUCCAACAUCAGCGGGUUCACACUGGGGAGCGGCCAUUCACCUGCUCAGAAUGUGGGAAAGGGUUCGCACAUUCCUCCCACUUACUGAGGCACCAGCCGGUUCACAGCGGAGAGAGGCCGUUCGCCUGCUCUGUGUGCGGAAAGGGAUUCGCUCAGUCAUCCACCCUGCUGAGGCACCAGUUAGUUCACACUGACGAGAGACCUUUUCAAUGUCCAGCCUGCGGGAAGUGCUAUAAAAGUUCUCGGGAACUGGUGUCCCAUCAACGUGUUCACACUGAUGAGAGACCUUUCCGGUGCUCCCAGUGUGAAACUUGCUUCAGAAGAUCUUCUCAACUCACUGCGCACCAGCGGAUUCACACUGGGGAGAGGCCAUUCAUGUGUUCUGACUGUGGAAAGGGAUUUGCUCAGUCAUCCAACCUGCAGAAACACCAGCGAGUUCACAAGAGGAGUGUGGCCAGUGCUGGAGGACGGAGCGAAUGCAGGUGGUCUUCCAACCAAUCGGAGCGAUGCGGGCGGGGCUACACCGACCGUUGCGUCACCACCCCACCCCGCCGAAGGAGACUCUGCGCAGGCGCCGCGUCGCCGCAACUGAAAGAUGGCCGAGUUCGCGCGAGCUGCGGGCGUUGGCGAAUGGAUAGUGGCCGCAGGCGAGAAAUAAAGUCAAAUAUUAGAAGGGAAGGACUUGCAGUCGGGAAACCCAAGUCGAACAUCGCAUCAGAGUCUGACACAGAGUCGUGCAAUUUAUCGAGGCCCGAGAUUUUGAACAUGGAAGGAGAAAGCACUGUACACAGUGGGGAGAGACCAUACACGUGUUCCGUGUGUGGGCAAGCCUUCAGCCGAGCGUCUGGCUUGUCAGAACACAAAUGGAGUCACAACGGAGGAAAGCCGUGGAAAUGUGAGGACUGUGGGAAGGGCUUCAUUUCCCCGUCGAAGCUGGAAGCUCAUCGGCGCACUCACACCGGGGAGAGGCCAUUCCCCUGCUCCGUCUGUGACAAGAGAUUUGCCCUGCCCGCUGACUUGCUGAGACACCAACGCGUUCACACCGACGAAAGACCUUUCCAGUGCCCGGACUGCGCCAAGUGCUACAAAAGCUCUGGGGAGCUGAUGCGCCAUCAACGUGUUCACACGGAUGAGAGACCGUUCCGGUGCUCUCUGUGCGGCUCCGGGUUCCGGACCUCUCCGGACCUCACUGUCCACCAGCGCGUCCACACCGGGGAGAGGCCGUUCACGUGCUCCCUGUGCGGGAAGGGAUUCACUCAGUCCUCCAGCCUGAUGACACACUACCGCGUUCACACCGGGGAAAAGCCGUUCAUCUGCUCCAUGUGCGGGAAGGGCUUCACCUCCUCGUUCAACCUGCUGACGCACCAGCGGGUUCACACCGAGGAGUCCCCGUUCAGGUGCUCCCCCUGCGGGAUUCGCUUCAAGCACUCCUCUCAACUCGUCGCACACCAGAGACUUCACAGCGGGGAGAGGCCGUUCACCUGCUCCAAGUGUGGGAAGGGAUUCACUCAGUCGUACAACCUGCUGAUCCACCAGCGAGUUCACACUGGGGAGAGGCCGUUCACCUGCGCCAAGUGUGGCAAGGGGUUCACUUGUUCAUCCCACCUGCUGAGGCACCAGCGGGUUCACAAGUGAUGUGGAUGUUGCUUUGCUAAAUCGCACACUUAGAAGGGACGUAAGAGCAUUGGAUACGUCUUUCAAGUUAAUAACACACUGGCGCCAGGUAGGAUGUGCCUGAGAACACUGAUGGAAGUGAGAGUGGAAAUUGUGGAAGGUGUGGCCAUAAAUUUUCAAUCUUCCUUCCAUGGUGAUGUACCAAGGGACUGGAGCAUUGCAGAAGUUAUGCCUUAGAAAGCGGUGAGUGCAGCAACCACAGGCCAAACAGCCUAACCUUGUCAAAACAAUAAUUUGGGACAAACGUAAUAGUAGCAUUGGGAAUUGUUAGGGAGGAUUAGCACCAAUUCAUUGUGAGAAAAUUGUGUUCAACUCACUUGCUGGAAUCUUUUGAUGAGGUGUGUUGAAGAGGGUAGUGCUUUUACUGUGGUGUACAUGAGCUUCCAAAAGGCAUUAUUGAUAGUGCCACCCAAUAGACUUCUGAACAAAAUUGGAGCUGGCUGAUUGAAAGGGGCAGUGACAAGGGGAGUGCAGAAUUGACUGGACAUAGGAACAGGAGGAGUCCAUUCGGUCCUUCGAGUCUGCUCCACCAUUCAUCACAAUCAUGGCUGAUCGUCUA